AAGAAAACGAAUUUAAAGGAAGCGCAAGAAAACCACAAAUUUGAAAAAGGAAAAUAAGUUUUUGUUUUUUUUUUUUCAAAAAAACGAACACAAAAGAAAGUAACGGGAAAAAUAAAUAUUUCUAUUAAAAAAAGCUCAAAAAUUCAUUACGAAAAUGUCGGUUGAUCUGAGUGUACAGCAAGAGCCUACAGUAUCUGUUAUAACUACAGUGCCGAUGGCCGCCAAUGGGGGUGAAAUGGAUGCUUUAUUAUUAGGUCGCAUAGGGCAACAUCCGGAAUUGGUGGCCAUUUCACCGGAGAGACGUAAUUGGCGAGGCAUUUUUAUAGCAUUAUUGGUCAUAGCAGCCGUUUUCAGUUUAAUUAUAUUUUCCAUAUUUUUACUAUCACCAGAGGAUGAAGGCUUACGUAUACGUGGCAAUCGUUUGACCUUGAAUGAUAUUCUGGGUAAAAGAUUUCAAUGGAAAUCAUUUAAUGGCACGUGGCAUAGUGAUACGGAAUUUGUAUUUCGUGAUCCAACCGGAGGUUUGUCCAUAUUAAAUUUAGAUAAUUAUACAACGCGUGUUUUAAUGACCAACUCAACAUUCCGUCAAUUGAAUGCUGAAACAUUUUUAGCAUCGCCAGAUCUCAAAUACGUUCUAUUGCAAUCCGAUAGCAAUGCAGAGGGUUCAAGGCAUCAUGUAUAUGAAGUGUUAACCGAGAAUCGUUUUCCCCUGGGACCAACUGAAAAUUUAGAGGAAGCACCACGUUUACAAUAUGUGUUAUGGGCUCCUUAUCAUAAUCAACAGGUUUCUCUAAAUGCAUUCAAUAUACAGCAACAGAGCAGUACAUUGACUGCUACUGCCACAACUAUUUCAACACCACUAAGCACAACUGGUAGCCUAUUAUUAAAUAGUUUAGCGAAUGGCGCUAGUGCAGCGAAUUUAGUUAAACCACCAACACCUGCCCAAGUUCAGGCUUCGGCUUCAUUGUCUACCAGUAUUAAUAUGAAUAAAGCUUUCACCCAAAAUCAAGCGAUUGCUUUCGUUUAUGAAAACGACAUUUACUACAAGCCGAAGGUGCAAGGUGAACUUGUAUGUCGGAUAACAGCUACGGGUCAGGCAGGUAUAAUUUAUAAUGGCAUACCGGAUUGGACCUAUGAAAAUGUGCCCGAACUAAAUAGUAAACGAACAAGUAUGGCAUUCUCACUGGACGGUCUUUAUUUGGCCUUUCUAACAUUUAAUGAUAGCGAGGUCACCGAAUACAAAUACACCUGGAUGGGUGAUGAUCUGAAAUACCCGGCGGUUUUGUCGCAACGUUACCCAAAAGCUGGAUCCACCAAUCCUAAUAUCACCGUGAAUGUAGUAAAUCUUUCCGUCCUCAAGUAUAUAUUUCCUACACAAAUAAAAUUGCCACCGGAACUGGCAAAUGGUAGUUACGUAGGUGCUCUUACCUGGGCUUCACCUAUCGAUCUGUCGGUCACUGUAACUAAUCGUGCUCAAACUAAAGCCACUACUGUAGUGUGCAGAGCGCCCGACUUUCAUUGUAGCACAGUACACACAGAGGUAACCAUCAACGACGGUUGGGUACUACCAGCCGAAAGACCCAUCUUUUCCGUACUUCUCAGUCAACAACUGAGAAAUCACAAUAUCGCUACAAUUAAUGCCACAAAUGGUAAACCGGAAAACUUUCAAAAUAUAACAAAUGGGCAGACAACGUAUGAGAUAAGUAACGGCGGUUAUUUGUUAAAGCGUCUGCCCGUACGUGAUGGCGAACAUGGACACUUUCGUCAUGUAGUCUUCAUAUCAUCGCUGGAUCGUAGACCGGUUCCUUUAACUAUGGGCCGUUUUGAAGUAACCGAAAUUGUGGGAUGGGAUGAGGCGAAUGAAAUUGUUUAUUUUAUGGCUGCUCCUGAGAAGCGUCCUGGUGAAAGGCACCUCUACAAGAUCAGCCUUAAAUUGAAUGUUACCAAAACGAAUCGUACUUAUAUCACCUCAUCACAGCCCACCUGCCUGACAUGUGAUAACUCACCGGCAACGUAUAGAUUGCCUCAUACCAGAGCACUGUAUUACGGCUAUGACGAGGAUGAUAUUGAAGAGGGGGAACAGGUUUACGUGAUACCACGCAAUUGUCGAUUCAAUAAUAUUUACUUUAGUAAGAAUUUCUCAUAUUAUGUGCAAGAAUGUCUCGGUCCCGAAACACCUAGCGUCUAUUUAGUAGAAACACAAAAUAAUUUAAAAACUUUGAUCUUAAAUGCUGGGGAUAAUUUAAGACAUCGCUUCCAGCAGUACGCCGUACCGCAAAUACGAACAUUUAGCGUCGAAAUACGUCAUGGCUUUCAUGCACAAGUAAAAUUAUAUUUACCCCCAGGAAUGAAAGAAGAUGAAGAGGUCGCAUUCCCAAUGAUAUUGCAAAUUGAUGCUGCACCUGGUUCACAACUAGUUAACGAGCGUUUCCAUCUCAACUGGAAUUGGUAUUUAUGUAGUCAACGCUCUUUCAUUGUAGCACAAAUUGAUGGUCGUGGUAGCGGCUAUCAAGGCGAACUUUUACGCACACAAAUACAUGGUAAAUUGGGUAAGGUGGAAGUGGAAGACCAGUUAGCAGUACUAACCUACUUGCGCGACAAUUUCAAAUUUAUAGAUCCCUCGCGCAUAUGUGCUUACGGUUGGGGUUAUGGCGGCUAUGCCACGGCCAUGACCCUUAUCGAUGACUCGCAACAGGUUUUACAAUGCGGCGUAGCCGUCAAUCCUAUAGCAUCGUUUGGUUAUCACUAUUCCUUUUUCACUGAACGAUAUAUACCCCUUAAAGGCGAUUAUGUCCAUGCUUUGCAAGAUGCCGAUCUGACAAUGCGUGCUGGUAACAUUAAAGGCAGAAAUUUAAUGUUAAUACACGGUACCGCCGAUACUUUGAUACACCAAGAGCAUACAUUAAUGCUGGUGAGAGCUUUGGUGGAUCAAGAGGUGAAAUUUCGCCAUCAGGUCUAUCCCGAUGAGGAUCAUUAUAUGACAAAAUCACUAUCGCAUGUCUACCAAACGAUGGAAUGGUAUUUUGAUGAUUGCUUCGGACCCAGCGAUGAUAGCGAAUGGGAUCCAACUGGACUGUUUGUGUUCAAACAAUAAUUAUUAAGGUUUAGCAAAGUUUUCUUUUUUUUUUUUUGGUUAUAAUCUAGUAAAAGAAAUAGUUUAGGAUAAUUUUACUAUAGAAAAUCAAAUAAAAAAAAUUAUAACAAUUAAAAAAAAAAUGGUUGGCGAAAGUGAGGAAACAAACAAUGAAUUUAAUAAUUAAUAGAUAUAAUUAUUUUAAAUUUUGUGCGAGCUUUUAAUUUGUUGCGUUUUUUUUUCUUUUCAAAAAUUUUUUAUAUAUUUAAGAUUAAUCGCAAUAAUGAUGAAAACAGUUAUGUGUUAAUACUAAUAAUGAUAUUUAACGAUUAAUAAUAAAUUUUUUGUUACGAUUGUCAUAUAUACAUAUAUAUUUGUUAAUGUGUAUGAAUGUCUAUGUGCAUGUAUAAUUAUUAUUAAAUAAUAUUUAUUGUGUAAUGUAUUUUUUAUUUCAUCCCUGAUUAAAUUAUAUCCAUA